GUUCACAGAAUUUGCCUUUAAUUCAGUGUAUUGUUAGACCAAUUGAUCAGACAUAAUGUGCCACCAAAUAAAGUUAAUCUCAUUUCAAAAUUUCAAAAUAAUAAUAAUUAAUCUCUUAAUAUAUAACAUGUAAUACAAAUGUCAUAAUUAUAUCAUAAAAAGAUUUUUAUAAAAUAAGCAUAAAUUGCUAUAAGAGUGCGAAUUGGUGUUCAAUUGGUGUUAUUCACAUCAAAUUCUGGAGCUUUUUAAUAUAGUAGAGCAUAAAACAUAAAACAGUAUACAUUAUAAAGCAUAACCACAUAUUGGCUGUCAUAGAGAUAUCCAACCGAUUAUGUCAUAAAUCAUAGGGAAUUGCAAUUAUGGUGUUUCUCUUGAGUGAAACCGAAAAAUUAUUAAUAAUAAUAAUCGCUUCCUCACUGUUCUUAUUGAGUCUAAUCAUAACGAUAUGCUUUGUGUCACCCGUUUGUUGGCUUCACAAAUGGUUUAUUGAAUCCAACGCUAAGAAGAAAGAGGACAUCAAAAUCUGUUACUCAGCGAAACAACUUCUAACACAAGAGUCAAAGCACUUCCAGCUGUCAGUCAUACCACACUAUGGGGCCAAUAGUGAAAUUGGAUCAAAGCAUAAAUCCAAACAUAUUAACGAAGUCUCCAUACAAGUCGACCAAAAUAAGGCUAAAAAGCAAUCGAUCGCUUCCGAGGAAUCGGUGUCACUAAACACGGGGUCCAUUAAAUUGGAGAUCAGAUACGAAACCAUUUCUAACGCUAGUAUUCGGCUCUUCAUUAACAUAAUCGAAAUCUCGAAACUUAAACAGAGAGACUAUUUGGUCGACCCGUCUUGUUAUGUAUCCAUCAUUUUAGUCGGUCUUAAGAAUAGACGCAGAAGUCUUAUCAAUAAAGCCAUUCCGAGUGCAUUAUACCGCACGUCUACUGCUAAACGAUGCCUUAAUCCAGUGUUCAAUGAGUUAUUUGUCAGCCAAGACUUACCGAAGAGUAUAUUAAAGGACGGAUUGCUCCGAAUAAAGGUAUUCGACGACGAAAGGUAUGCCAAUGAUCUCUGUCUCGGAGAAGCGACCGUUCAUCUCAAGAAAGUGGACAAUACGGCAGACAAUUUAAUUAAGGAGUACUCACUCUUGUCGUCAAAAGAGUCAAAGGGCGAGCUAUUGAUCGGAUUGUGUUAUUUGCCGACCUCUAAACGGGUCACAGUUUCCAUAAUGAAAGCAACACUCAGUCACUCGACAAACAUUCAGACUUCAAAUACCAUUUGUUAUUACAUUCGGGUUCUGCUAUUCAUUAACGGAAAACUAAUGAAAAAGAAAAAGACGGCCACAACUCAGAAGAUGGUUUGGGGCGACAAUGAGAUCCUCACCUUUGACCUGAUGUCGUUCGAGAGCUCAGAGUCGGCCUUCAUGUUUGUGCUGUCGUUCAAACAGGAGAGCUCUCAGUCUCCCUCAUCGCCAGAGACGCCGGUUGUGGCCGAAGGCGAAGAGUCGCCUAAAGACAGACAUAUCGGACACUUCAUUGUCGGCCAAGAGAUGUGGCAUCAGAUGAAACAACAGCCCAGAAAACAGAUUACGAAAUGGCAUAAACUCUAUUGAAUUCAAUGUCAGAUAAACACACGUAUGUCUUAACGGAUGUCUUAAGAAAGUGGCCAAACAUUAAAUUGUAAUUAAGCUGUGAUUUCAAUAUCCUUUAAGAAUAUUUAAUGGAAAGUCCAUUUAUUUGUGUUCAUAAUAUUGUUAUUAAGAUUACAGUAAAAUAUAUAUAUAAAUAACUUUCAAAACAAUCACUUUUCAAUCCAUUUAAAUCUAAUCGCUUCUCCUUUUAUCACUUUUUUCAUUCGUUUUACUAACUCUUGAAACAAAAUGUGACGAA